GGCAGAGCGGAGCGUGGGGCAGCCGGAGCCGAGCCCAGGGCAGGGGCAGCAGAGGAGGAUGGAGGCCAACAUGAACCUCCUGCACGACGUGGGCAUCCGGACAACGCACUGGCUGCAGCAGCACUUCCAGGGCUCCCAGGACUUGUUCCUCUUCAUCUCCUAUGCUGCUGACCUCAGGAACGCUUUUUUUGUCCUCUUCCCCAUCUGGUUCCACUUCAGUGAGGCAGUGGGCAUCAGACUCAUCUGGGUGGCUGUGAUCGGAGACUGGCUCAACCUUGUCUUCAAGUGGAUCCUCUUUGGAGAGAGACCAUACUGGUGGGUCCACGACACGGACUAUUACAACAACACCUCUGCCCCAGAGAUCCAGCAGUUCCCGCUCACCUGCGAGACUGGCCCUGGGAGCCCGUCUGGCCAUGCCAUGGGUGCAGCAGGUGUGUACUACGUCAUGGUGGUGGCCCUCCUCUCUGCUGCUCGUGGGAAGAAGCAGUCAAGGACAUCCGGAUACUGGGUGCUGUGGAUGGUGCUUUGGACGGGGUUCUGGGCAGUUCAGGUCUGCGUCUGCCUGUCCCGAGUCUUCAUUGCCGCUCACUUCCCCCACCAAGUCAUCGCAGGUGUUUUCUCAGGGAUGGCUGUGGCCAAGACCUUUCAGCAUGUGCGCUGCAUCUACCACGCCAGCCUCCAUCGGUACACGGGCAUCACCUUAUUCCUCUUCAGCUUCACCAUUGGUUUCUACCUGCUGCUGCGGGUGCUUGGCGUGGACCUGCUCUGGACACUGGAGAAGGCACGGAGGUGGUGCAGCCGCCCUGAGUGGGUCCACAUCGACACCACCCCCUUUGCCAGCCUCCUCCGUAACCUGGGCAUCCUCUUUGGGCUGGGGCUGGCUGUCAACUCCCACAUGUACAAGAAGAGCUGCCAGGGGAAGCAGGGCCAGCAGCUACCCUUCCGCCUGGGCUGUGUCACUGCCUCCCUCCUCAUCCUCCACAUCUUUGAUGCCUUCAAGCCACCCUCCCACAUGCAGCUGCUCUUCUACGCCCUCUCCUUCUGCAAGAGUGCAGCUGUGCCACUGGCUACUGUCAGCCUCAUCCCCUACUGCCUCUCCCACCUCAUGGCCACACAGGACAAGAAGGCUGCCUAGGGCAUCCCUGCAGGUAAUCGUGCCCAGGCAAGUGGCCACCCUAGCCCUGGUCUCAGGGGCACCCACUAGCCCUGGUGCACCCCAGCCACUGUGUACUCCCUGCUGAUUUUGCACUGGGAGUGGACUGUGGAGGCUGGGCUGGCGGCGCUGCCGGGUGGCUCCCACCACAUAGACCCACAGUCUCAGUCGUGCCCUUGCUGAUGGCACAGCGAGCCUUGCACUCCCAGGACUCCCCUGCUGCCCCUCCUGCACCCACGGGU